AUGGCCGCAUCUAGUCGCGCAGCAAAGCUCGAAAAGCUAUUCUAUUCCUUCAUCAACGGCGAGCGCUCCCUCCAGAGCUCGCAAGAAGCCAAGCAGUUCUUCGAAGCAGUCGAUGUUGUAUGCCAGCGUACGUCUGCCGCAGCCUGCGUUGAACGCAUGCUCGCGCGGAAAGAAGGAUUGAGUGCCGUGAGAGCAGCGGUGCGCUCCAACCUUUCUCAGGCUUUUGUCACGACUUCGACUGUUGGCUUCCUCAAGCAAGUCUUGCAUCCCCAGGUCAAGACCAUCAACGACGGCAUGUUUCUUGAGAAACUGCUUGUUGAGAUUCUCUCUCCUCCGACCUUUUGGAAUGCAUUCCUGGACUUUUACAAGGCUAAUCAGCUCAAUGGCGUGAGCCUGGUUGCCUUUGCGUCUCUGUCCUACGAAAUUGUGUCUUCUUCUACGCCUGAGAUCCAGGCCCUUUCUCAGGACGUGGAGUCUUUGAUGAAGAUCCUCCCUUUGACAAAAUCGCCAGUGGAAGAAGUCCGGACUCUUGGCUACCGCAUUGAGAAAGUCUUGCAGCUUCGCAAGGGCUCGGCGACUGCUUCCAUCCGGGUGAAUUACAGCCCCGGCGGCAGACACGAUAACGACUUUGACGAUUUCCGUCAGAUCGCCAUCUUUCCGACAGCAGAUGAAGUGUCUUCCAAGGAACAGCCGUUUCUGCAACGCCUUGACGACGUGUUUGAGGUCCCACGGGAGUCGCGAGCCAGGUCUUACACCGACUGGCUGUUCCGUCUCCUUCGUGAGGAUAUGCUUGCGGAUCUCAGAGAAGACUUGCAGAUUGCCUGGGGACAGAAAAAGGCCAGAUACAAGCCACUCUGCUUGGGCGGCCUGAGUCUGAUGCUCGAGUCGCAGUCUAUACCCAACAACGCUCGCUCCAAGCCCUUCACCUUGAUGCUUCAGUGUCGUGAGGGAAUAGCCUUUCCUAAGAAGAUCAGCACGCCCCCCGAGAAGAAGAAGUUCCUGGACGAUAACAGAAACUUUGUCAAGCACGGUUCUAUCGGCGCCCUUUGCAUUGACCAGAGCAUCGUUGCCUUUGGCUCAAUCGUUCGAGAAUUGGAUUGGCUAAUCCGGGAUCCUCCCGUUGUUGGACUCCAAGUCACCGACAACGUCGGACUGAAGUUGGCAGUAAAGGCACUGCUGGGAGCAGAUUGUGGCCGCCUCAAGUUCUACGUCGUUGAUACCGCGACAUUCGCCUACGAGCCCAUCUUGCAGCGCUUGAAGGAAGUCACUGAGAUCCCCAUCGAAAACUCCAUUCUUGAUCCGGCAGGACCUCCAGCAGCCUAUGACCCUCCACCAAAGUUGCGAGCUUUCAUCCGGCUUCUUAAAUAUGCACUGCAAAGGAAAGAAGCGGUAGACUUGGGUGUCGUCAUGGGUCUCGGCUAUGAAAUUGAGAUUAGGGAUGCACAGCUCGAGUCGCUGGUCAAAGGCCUCGAAAACCCCGUUGGUCAGAUCCAAGGUCCGCCCGGAACAGGCAAAUCCUUCAUUGGGGCGAUCAUUGCGCAGGCCCUGAUGGAACUGACCGAUUAUCGAAUCCUGGUCCUCAGCUAUACCAACCAUGCACUUGACGACUUUCUUGAAGCUCUCAUGAAAAUCGGCAUUGAUGAUAGUGACAUGGUUCGUAUAGGAAGCAAGGCUUCCAGCAAAACCGAGCACCUGAAGCUUGAGACUCUCUCAAAAGCGGCUCGUAUAAGAUAUGAAGUGAGAGCCCUGCUGGAUCUCGCAAAGGUAUCACAACUGAAUACCCAGACACAACUGGAAGAUCUGAUGGGAAAACUGAAGUCCCAGGUCCACCAUCAGGAAGUCCUGGACAUGUUGGAGUUUUCAGACUUUGGCAUGAACUUCUGGGGCGCAUUUCAAGUUCCCGAUGACAUGACAAUCGUCGGAAAGAAUAACAGAGUCCUACGGUCCGUUGAUGUGUAUGAAGACUGGCUCAAAGGAAAGCAUUGGUCAGGUUUGGGCAUGCUGUGCGAAGUGAUGGAUCCAGAACACCGUCCCUUCUGGGAAAUUCCGCCCCAAGACAGGGUUUGUCUUGAUUUUCAAUGGAGGAGCCAGGUUCGACAGGAGCAGAUAGACGAGUUUGCUCAGCUGGCAGAGACUUCCGACAACCUCUACCGACAGAUCGACAGCCUCUACAAGGAAAGCAAAAGAGACAUCGUCAAGCAGAAGCGGAUCAUUGGCUGCACUACAACGGGAGCAGCAAUGUACCAAUCCAUCAUCAGAGCGGCCAGUCCAGACAUUGUUCUGGUCGAGGAAGCAGGCGAAAUCCUGGAAGCUCACAUCAUCACGUCUCUCGGCCCUUCUGUGAAGCAGCUGAUACUUAUCGGCGACCACAAGCAGCUUCGUCCCAAGGUCAACAACUACAACCUCACCGUCGAGAAGGGCGAGGGGUUUGAUCUCAACGUCUCGCUUUUUGAACGCCUCAUCAGACAAGGCCAUGAGUUUGCCACCCUGCAGGAGCAACACCGCAGUCAUCCCGAUAUUUCACAGUUCGCGCGCCUCUUAGCGUAUCCGGAGCUGAAAGACGUACCCAAGACGAGCAGUCGCCCACCGAUACGUGGGCUACAGAAAAGGGUUGUUUUUGUACAUCAUGAGCAUCCAGAGGAACAGCUGGACAGUGUCCGCGAUCGGCGUGAUCCAUCCUCAAAAGCCAGCAAGAAGAACUCCUUCGAAGCGUAUAUGGUGUUGAAGACGGUCAAAUAUCUGACCCAGCAGGGCUACAAGUCGGAGAACAUGGUCGUCUUGACUCCGUACAUGGGCCAGCUGGCAUUGCUAAGAGACAAGUUGCGCGAGGAAAAUGACCCAUAUCUGAAUGAGUUGGAUACUCACGAGCUGGUUCGCGCCGGACUGAUGACGCAGGCGGCUUCCAAGGCAACAAAGUCGAGACUGCGUCUAUCCACAGUGGACAAUUACCAGGGAGAAGAGAGCGACAUUGUGAUUGUAUCGAUGGCGAGAAGCAACAAGAAUGGCGACAUCGGCUUCCUGGUCGCCCGCGAGAGACUGGUUGUUCUCAUGUCGCGAGCGAGACAAGGAAUCAUUCUGUUUGGAAACAUGAAUACUUUUCUGGCGAACAAAAAGGGCCACGAGCUCUGGAAAGGCUACUUUGACGCCAUGAAAGAGAAGGGAUUCCUCUUCGAUGGCUUGCCCGUCCACUGCGAACAACACCCGGACCGUCUGUCUCUUCUACAGAAACCGCAAGAUUUUGAUCAGCAUUGUCCCGAUGGCGGCUGCGCAGAAACAUGUGGCGCUCUUCUUGGAUGUGGCAAACACACGUGUGAGCGUAGAUGCCAUCGUGAGAAAAAUCACUCACAAAUGCCUUGCAUGAAAAUGAUGCAGAAAAAUUGCGAACGCGGCCACAAGAUAAAGUAUCGGUGCGGACAGGAGAACCAAGGCUGCAGGGCGUGUGCAAAAGAAGAUGAGGACACUCGGCGCAGAAUCCAGCGGGACCUGGACAUGGAAAAGAAGAGACAGGAGCGACAAGACAAAUACUACCGCGACCUGCAGGAGAUGGAUGAUGAACUCGAUCACCAUCGACGGAGUAUAAAGUACCAGCAAGAAGAGGAGGACCAGGCAAAGGAGCUCGCACAGAAGAAGGCCCAACUGCAGAGUCUCAGGGACACAAAGGCCAGAAUGGAAGCGGCGAAGGCUGUAGUGAACGAGGAGAAGAAGAAGCCCGGAGAGAAGAAUGGCGAAAAGAGUCAAGAGACGCCUGACUUCCUCGACCUUGAUGCUGCAGCACAGGAGUGGGAGACGAUGAAGCGUGAGGAGGGAGCCAAAAGCGCGGCUUUGGAUGAUCUCAUGGGGCUGAUCGGGCUGGAGUCUGUGAAGAGGGAAUUCCUCUCGAUCAAGUCAACUGUCGACAUGAAGAUUCGCCAACGUGUGGCCCUCACUGAUACGCGACUCAGUUGCUCGCUGCUUGGAAACCCUGGAACGGGCAAGACAACCGUGGCUCGGAUAUGGGGUCGUUUCUUAACAGAUAUCGGAGCUAUCCCGGGUGAUGCCUUUGAAGAAACUACCGGAUCGAAGCUCGCCAACGGAGGGGUUAAGGGUUGUGAAGACCUAUUGGAAAAGAUUAAAGAGCAGGGUGGUGGCGUUUUGUUCAUCGACGAAGCAUAUCAACUGUCAUCCGGUAACAGUCCCGGCGGAAAGGCUGUCCUCGAUUAUCUUCUUGCUGAAGUGGAAAAUCUUCGAGGCAAGAUUGUCUUUGUUCUUGCCGGCUACUCCAAGCAGAUGGAAUCCUUUUUCGCACACAAUCCCGGCUUUCCAAGUCGCUUCCCCAUCGAAAUGCACUUUGAAGAUUACACUGACGAGGAGCUACGGCGGAUCCUCAAGCGCCAGGUCAAUCGCAAGUACAGCAACAAGAUGGAUGUAGAAGACGGACCAGACGGCCUCUACUUCCGUAUUGCUGCUCGUCGAGUCGGGCAAGGGCGAAGCAAAGAAGGAUUCGGCAACGCCCGCGCAAUUGAAAACUACCUGGCCAGAAUCGAAAAGAGACAGGCAAACAGGAUCCGACAGGAGCGUCGAGAGAAAAGGUCGCCCAAUGAUUUCUUGUUUACCAAAGAAGACGUUAUCGGGCCCGAGCCUUCGCUGUCGUUGCAGGAUUGCAAGGCGUGGAAGAAGCUCAAUGAGAUGAUUGGACUGAAAGAGGUGAAGGAGCAAGUCAAGAUACUGCUCGACUCGCUCACCACCAACUACCAGCGCGAGCUCGACGAAGAGCCUCUGAUGCAGUUUACACUCAAUCGGGUCUUUCUUGGAAAUCCCGGAACAGGCAAAACGACCGUGGCCAAGCUGUACGGCGAGAUUCUGGCAAGUCUCGGCCUCUUGUCUAAUGGGGAGCUUGUGGUCAAGACUCCGGCAGACUUCAUCGGCGCUCACCUGGGUCAGUCGGAAUCCCAGACAAAGGGUAUUCUCGCGGCAACUCUCGGAAAGGUGCUCGUGAUUGAUGAGGCCUACGGCUUAUAUGGAGGGAAAAGCUCGGUCAACGAUCCUUACAAGACGGCUGUCAUCGACACGAUUGUCGCCGAAGUCCAGAACGUGCCUGGUGAUGAUCGAUGCGUUAUCCUCAUCGGCUAUCAGGAGCAGAUGGAGGAAAUGUUCCAGAAUGUCAAUCCGGGGCUGAGUCGACGGUUCUCAGUGGACACGCCAUUUGUCUUUGAAGAUUUCGACGAUGAUGGUCUCCGGCAAGUUCUGGACCUGAAGUUGAAAUCAUCUGGCUUCACGACUACCGGCGAAGGCAAGGCAGCUGCUCUCGAUGUUCUCAUCAGGGAACGCAACAGAGCCAACUUUGGCAAUGGAGGUGCCAUCGAGAAUCUCCUCAGCAAAGCAAAAUCUUCCUACCAGAAGCGGCUCUCAGGCGGGAAGUGCAAGAAGAAGAGUCGGCUUGAGGCAGAAGACUUUGACGAGGACUUUGACAGGACAACGAGAAAGGACGCAGACGUGAAGCAGUUAUUCAAAGAUGAAGUCGACCGCGAAGAGAUUAUUCGCAAGCUUGAACACAUUCAGUCCCGCGUGAGACAGCUGAAAGCCGUCGGGAUGGAUGUCAGGGAAGAGAUUCCGUUCAACUUCCUGUUCAGAGGUCCGCCAGGUACGGGAAAGACGACAACAGCGAGAAAGAUGGGUAAGGUCUACUACGACAUGGGCUUCCUCUCCAAGGCUGCCGUGGAGGAAUGUUCGGCCACGGAUUUGAUCGGGGAGUAUGUCGGUCAUACAGGACCAAAGGUUCAAAAGGUGCUCGAGAAGGCGCUUGGAAGGGUGCUGCUCAUUGACGAGGCGUAUCGAUUCGCCGAGGGGAAAUUCGCCAAAGAAGCAAUUGAUGAAAUCGUGGACUGCGUCACCAAGCCUAAAUACCAAGGCAAACUCAUCAUCAUCCUGGCGGGAUACGAGCAUGACAUCAACCGGCUCUUGUCCGUGAACCCGGGAUUGACAAGUCGCUUCCCCGAAACCAUCGACUUCAAGCCACUCAAGCCAGAUGCCUGCUUCCGACUUCUCGUGGACCUACUACGAAAGAGAAAGGCGGAGCUCGCGAGCAAAGGCAAGGACAUGGACAUCAGCUGCUUGGAAACCCCGUCUGCAUUAUUCCCCAGCAGGUGUACGGCCGUUAUCACGUCGCUGACACGGGUGGAGGGAUGGGCCAGCGCAAGAGACGUCAAACAGCUCGCCAGAAACGUCUUCCAGACGGUGGACUUGACGACAGCUACGCUCAAACUGGAGGAGAAACGGGUCCUCCAGGAGCUCAACAAGAUGCUUCGAGACAGGAAAUCCAAGAUGGUCAAAUCUGGCGCUCCCGCUAACAUGGAUGAUGACGAGGCCGAUUCUUCGUCUGCGCCGCCCAACCCAGGUCUGCCCAGUCUAAGCAGUUCAAAUACGCAGACACAGCAAGGGCUAAGCAAUGAUGAUCCCAUGGACAUGGAUGAGUCCAAGGAAGAUGCAACUCCAGCGCCCGAAUCGCCGGGUGAUGAGGCUCGACGAGUUACUCGGGACGCAGGCGUAAGCGACGAAGUCUGGGAACAGUUGGAGAAGGACAAGGCAGCAGCCGCGCGUAAAGAAGCGGAAUACCGCGACCUCCAGGAAGCUCGAAAGAAUGCCGAGGCCGCUCGCAAGAAGAUUCUGAAGGAGCUCCUCAAAGAGGAGGAACUCAAGGAAGAGGAGCGUCGCAAGCUGGAGGAGGCGAGGAAGAAGGCUGAGGAGGCACGAGAGAAGAUUCUGCGGCAGCUGGUUGAGCAGGAGAAGCGACGGAAAGAGGAGGCGGAAAAACAAGCAAAAUUAGGGGCACUUGGGGUUUGUCCUGCUGGGUAUCAUUGGAUUAAGCAGGCCACUGGGUAUAGGUGUGCUGGCGGAUCACAUUUUCUGUCUAACGAUCAGCUUGGAUAA